GUGGUGGGAUUGGCCAAGGGUUUGCGGAAGGUCAAGAGCGCGUACCCGUUAGUGGUGGCAGUCCUACCUGACGUGCCGGAGGAGCAUCGCCAGAUCUUGGGGUCUCAGGGUUGCAUUGUUCAUGAGAUUGAGCCCAUCUACCCUCCUGAGAACCAAAUUCAGUUUGCCAUGGCCUACUAUGUCAUCAACUACUCCAAGCUCCGUAUAUGGAAUUUCGAGGAGUACAGCAAGAUGCUGUACUUAGAUGCAGACAUCCAAGAUUUCCUGAACAUGUUCUUCCAGCACGUGUAUAAGCCUAUUCCUCUUGUCUACAACCUGGUUCUGGCCAUGCUAUGGCGGCACCCGGAGAACGUACAACUUGAAAAAGUUAAAGUGGUGCACUACUGUGCUGCUGGUUCCAAACCAUGGAGGUACACUGGGAAAGAGACUAACAUGGACAGAGAGGACAUCAAAUUGCUGGUUGCGAAAUGGUGGGAUAUAUACAACGAUGAGUCUCUGGAUUUCAAAUCUGCUGAAGCCCCUUCUCUGGAGGGAGAGGCCUUUUCCAAGCCCUCGAUCAUGGCUCCAUGCCCGAACCGGCAAUUUCAUACAUCCCAGCUCCUUCUGCUGCUUGAGAGUUGA